GACCAAAGAGAGAGAGAGAGAGAGAGAGAGAGAGAGAGAGAGAGAGAGAGAGAGAGAGAGAGAGGUCACGUUCUGGCUCAAACCAUGGCGAGCGUGACGCAAAUGUCAUUCGCACCAUGCAUCGAUUUCAGUUAAGAGGUUUUGCUGUUUAGCAGCCUUCCCGCAGCUAUCGGAGGAUGACCUUGAUAGUGUCCCCAGGGGAGGAUGUGCUCUCCUCCAGCAGCGACGAUGGCGACAGCGGCUGCCUAGCGGGAUCUCCCGACCUGAAGGAGGACUCGCGCCUCGGCAAGCAUCACGACAUCAUCUUGACUUCGAAGCUGAAGCGCCUUUCCCUGCAGGAUGUCAAGACACUCCAGGUGUCCACGAGAGAGGGCGGCGGGCAGGAAGGCGUUCCCGCGCCCGCCGACGUCACCCACCUACCCGAAGAUAAUGUCACGAAUGCGAUCAAUCUCGUGAACGGCGAAAAUAAAGGUAGCCAUAAUGGCGAAGAGAGUGAGUGUGAUAAACAGGGAAUGAAAGAAAAGCUCCCAGAUGGAUUGGGAUUGAAUAGUACUUUAAGUAAUGUUGAUAACGGAAAUGAUAUAGUUAUUGGAAGUAAAGUGAAGGAAAGUCGUCAAAAUAACGAAAUAUCGGAGCGCAGACUGGAGGGUCCGGCGGUGAUCUCGUCGCCUGUCGUUCAUCUGGCGUCUCAGGUUCACUGCCGCGAAUCGGGUAGGUCUAGCGAACGUGAUUUCCCCUCACCAAACCAAAAAAGCUCGCUGGCGGUGCAGUUGACAUCCCCCCCGGGUAGUAACAGUUGUAAUGGCAGUAGCAACAGUGGUUUGGUGGGUGAUGACGUCACUGAAACCCUAAUCUCUGCUGCUCAUCCUUCAACCUCAGGGAAAGGGUGUGAAAACAGAGACGAAGCUGGAGGUUACGUCGAGGGUGAGGUGACGGUUGGCGACGCCCACACGAAUACAGGUGUAACCGUUAAUGGCGGCGAGGAGACGUCAGGUGAAAAAGAUAAUGCAGUCGAUCAAUCAUCCCGUGAUAACGAGGCGGUAUCCGUCGAUACCCAGAGGAGUCAUCCCCCAGAGAAGGAAGGGGAGGCCCAGAGUGACAUCCAUCGAGCGAAACAGAAGAUAAAUCUUAUGAGGCAGAAUUUCUUGUCGUCCCUGUCUGCCGACGAUGACGAUUUCGAACAGCCUGACUUCAUCGUCUUACCGCAUCAUUCCGAUCACCCAGAAGACGAAGACUGGCUGGGUGAUGGGGACAAUGGUGACAAGACGCAAACACGAGAGAGUAAGGUUGAAAAUAACGAUUCCUUAGACGCAGAAGAGAGAGAGGGCAAAUGCAGCUCUGAGGUGACUGAGGUAAUAGCAGGGCCAGAGUGUGGGAGCCACUUGACUAAUGGAGAUGAUUUUGUGCAGGAAGCGGGGGAGGGGGAGGGGGAGGGGGACGAGAGUGAAGAGAAGGACAGAGGAAGAAAGGAAUCGUCAGUAGUGCCAGGUGCUGCAAGCUCGAGUGGCGAGUGUCAGGUCAUUCAGGAUACCCUUAACGCUCCUGCUUUUUAUGGCGACGAACAUCUGGACAGAGAAAAGCACAUAGCCACUGCGCAGGACAACGCCACCACUUCACUGGAUCAUGUUCCUCGGGAGAAUAUUUUAUCAGCGAAGGGAAGGGACAAUGGCCAAGUUUCUAGCGUCAACGCGUUGGUUAUGGAGGCGUCUGCUAGGCUCAUGGAACACGAGGUAUCUGGGAGAGAUGAACCCACAGACAUUCUGGUCACCGACGGUACCACAACUUUGUGUGGAAGUGUCAUCAGUCAUCAUGUUACUUGCGAGGGCGCUCUUACUGUUCCACCUGAAACUGCCGUUAUGGGUGAGAGUGAUCGCGACAUCGCUACUGCCGAUUCCAGCCCCGUGGUCAAGCCUCAAAGCACGCCGCCCCUCGAACUUCCCCCUUCCUUCCCCCGUCACCGCCCCCACCCCCUUUCUUCCCCUCAAUCGCCUUGCUUGUUCGCGAGAGAUGGUUCCGGCUCCCCUCCCAACUAUCUCAAAUCCCAGUCAGCCAGUUUCGUCAAUCUCCUGAUGCUCCAGUCCAGGAAGCACAAGAGAUUGCAUCGUCUACGUUUGCCAGACACGUCCCCGACGACGGUGGCAUCUCCCGAAGAAGACCAGGGGGAGGGGAAGAGGGUGGGGGGAACCGCGAGUGGCGCUGCUGGCAAUGACGAGGACAACGAGGAAGGGGAGUGCAAUAGGCGCUUGCUGCAAACGCCGCAGUCCCCAUCCGCGCAACCUCCACAGCAACUUGGAAAUCCACACGUGCGUCCCUCCGCCCCCUCCCCUUCCUCCCCUUCCUCCCCAACCUCCUCCGUCGGCGCCGCCAACACUCAUUGCGGAACGACAGACCAGUUGCUGUUGUUCCACUCUGGCCCUCCUCCUCCUCCUCCUCCGCCUUCCCCUCCUCCUCCUCCGCCUCUCCAUGGUAUUCAUCCACAUUCUUCUGCUGAAUACGCCGUAGGACUGUCGUCACACCAUCCUCGACAAGCACGUCUGCCGCUGCCCUUGUGUGCCGAUAGAGACGAAGGACACGUCAGGAGGCAGUCGGCGAGCCAAGCGUCAGGCAGGAGUGCGAGUGAUCACCUAAGGGAAGUCAUCAAAGCUACCUCGAUUUCGAAGGGAUUGGAAGACGAAAGUCAACGUCAUCACGACGAAACUUUCAGUGAUGUGAGUGUUGUUGCCGCUGAAAAGGACAGUGUUUGUGAAAAUGACUCUCAUCGUAGUGACAGAGUAAACAAACAACUCUUGAAUGACUCGAAAAGUGAAUCGCGAAGUGUUUUAACCCGUGAGAACGACGCUGUAUACGAAAAUGAGUCGCACUGCAGUGACAAUUCGUGCUUAGGUUAUCUGAACUUCGACCACGAGAGUUUCGUCGACAGUGACAACGAGUACGACAUCAAGCAAAAGAACAGACUGAGGGAAGCUUGCAAAGAUAUCGCCCGGGCACUGAACACGCUCCCUUCCCCUCUGCCCGAGGAUGAAGACAAGGUCACCCCGAGGAUAGUUUGCAGUAGCGAGGUCAUGUACCACGACACCAGACCCCAGUACCGCGAUCAACAGGUAGAGGCACACCUCUCCGACACCGACGACCCCUUGUUGUCGUCGGCGCAGGUGAGGAGCUGUGGCACCAGCACCGCCUCCGACGAAGACCGACGGAAUAGCUUUUACGAUAAUUGUAGCAUGAACGAAGGCCACUGUGACUGUGGUCGAUGUGAUACUAGUGAUGUAGAGUUAGACCCCAAAAGUCAGUUCCCCCCCUCCCCCGCCCGGUUCUCCCCCACCCCCUAUCCCGCCGCCCCCGUCGCAGAGGGCCAUUAACAAGUGGAAGAGACCACAGUGCAGGGACAGAAACGUCAGGAAACGUGCGAGCGGCCACGAGAGAGAAAUGACUCAUUUUCAAUCCAGCGACGGAUUUAGAACGGACGACUUGGAAGCUUGCACGACGUCGGAUGACA